AUGUCUUUUUUAGGUGCUUUUCGGCCUAGUGCUUCGGCAUUUAGUGGCCUACUAUGGAAAAACCCUUGGCGCAUGUCCGCUACACGAAAAGCACGUGUGCGUCAACGCUUGCGUGAUGUUGAUACAGUCAUUGAUACGAUUCGGACUAGUGGUGUCCAGUGCCGCGCACUGGAGUGUGCCAAGCAACUUCCUACUGAGAGUGAAAUGCAUCCUCGCGAUAAAUAUAUGGUGUUCUCACCUCACGGUGCCAACUUCCGCAAGAGUGUUCACAAGGUGCCGAAGUUCACGCGCAAGACACUGCGUGUGAAUCCCCGUGGAUUCUAA